ACAGUCGUUACAGCCCAUCAGUUACCAGCUUUGUUGAUUUAAAGCGAGUUAACCUAAAAGCUAAACAGUUAUAAAAUUACAUAAAUAAUAAAAUAAAAUAAAAUAAUAAAAAUGUCAACAAAGCGCGGAAACGUGAAAUCAAUACUUGACAACCAGCAAUCAGUGCAAGCGGUUGUAUUAGCUGACGAUUUUAACACCAGUUUAUUAACACCUCUGCAACAUAUUUUUCCAAGUAUCCUGACUCCAGUUGCUAACAUAAAUCUACUUGAUUACGUCGUUCUAUCACUCAUACGAUCUGAAAUAAAAGAAAUAUUCAUUUAUUGCAGCAGCCAUAUCGACCUCAUAAAAAAUUAUAUAUCAAAGAAAAACUACGACGACAUAACAGUAUCGCUCAUAAUAUCUGACGGGUGCAGGUCACUGGGAGACGCGCUGAGGGACAUCGACACCAAGGGAUGGAUCCGCGGGGACUUUGUUCUGAUCCGCGGCGACGCGUUUAUCAACACAAAUUUAUCCAACCUUCUGAACAGACACAAAGCAAAAAAAGACAAAGACAAAGGCAUCGCCAUGAGCAUCAUCUUCAGGGACGUCGGAAGCUCCAGACACUCGACCCUCACCAACGAGUCGUGCUUCUACGUGGUAAAUAAGCUGACAGACAAGCUGAUUUUUUACAAAAAACCGGAGGGACACGAGAAGAAACUAAAGUUCGAGUUGAACUGGUUCCUGGACCACGAGCAGAUCGAAAUAAACACCGGGUUCAUUGACAGCCAUGUCUACAUGUGCUCCCAAUCGGUCCUGUCAUUAUUCUCCGACAACUUUGACUUCCAGACCAUGGAGGAUUUCAUCCGAGGGGUUUUGCUCAACGAGGAGAUCCUCGACUCCAGAAUAUACAGGCAGGUUCUUGAUGCUGAUGCUUACGCGCUGCCGAUAUCUUCCUGGCCAGCGUAUCAUACUCUGACAAGAGACAUUCUUCAGCGGCAAAGUUAUCCACUCACUCCUGACAUGCUGGCUCCUUUAAAUGACAUCAUAUAUUCAUCAAAGAGCACUUACAAGUACAAAAACUCCUGCCUAGCACGUGGCUGCAUCCUAAAAAACGACACUAUUGUCGGUAGCGACAGCCAGCUUGGCAACAAUACGCUGGUGAGUCGCUCGACAAUUGGGAAUAAUUGCACUAUUGGUGACAAUGUCGUCAUUGACAACUCAUAUAUUUUAAAUAACGUCACUAUAAAUAAUAAUUGUCAUAUAAAAAAUACUUUUGUCAUGUCAAAUUGUCUUCUAGAAGAGCGCACCUGUGUGGAGACUUGUAUUUUAUCUCAAGGACUGCAGGUUCCAACGGACAAUUAUUCAAAUUGUAUUUUAGAAGCGGACAAGGGGAAAAUAUCUGCCGUGGAGAUGGCGGACUACGAGGACGGUGAUGGUAAAUUUUUGUACUUCAAGAAAAUAAACUCGGAGACUGGUGUCGAGGAUGAUGACGACGACAACGAUAAUGAUGACGAUGACAGCUCGGUGAUGGAAGAGAUCAGCAGCAAGAGAAGCGGACAGUCACCUGAUGAUAUACCAGAUGACACUCAUAUAUUUUUGACAGAAGUAAUUGACAGUCUGCUGAGGGCCUACCAGGACAAGCUCAACUGCGAGAAUAUAAUCUUGGAGAUAAACUCGUCUAGGUAUGCGUACAACGUUGGGAUACGGGAAGUUACGAACAAUGUCAUCAAGGCGAUUUUGCUGCUGCCCCUCCACUACUUGAGAGAGGAAAAAAUUUAUGUCGACAAUGUAAAUUACCAGAAGACACUCAGGGCCAUGAUAAAUUACUUCACCCCGAUUAUUUUAAAUUACGUUAAGACUGAUGACGCACAGGAGGAUUGUCUGAGCGCGAUCGAAGAAAUUUCUGACAGCAAUGAAUUUAUUUUGAACUUCGCUCAGCAUUUGUUUCAUCUCUUUUAUGACAAAGAUAUUUUAAGCGAAGACAAAAUUAUCGAAUGGUUCAAUAGAAAUGAUGAUGAUGAUGAUGAUGAUGGAAUUUAUAAUGAAAAAAUUCGUAAAGUUCUACAGCCAUUUAUUAAAUGGCUGAAUGAAGCCGAAGAAGAUUCUUCUGAUGAAGAUUAAUUACAAAUAUUCAUUUUGUAAUAAUUAUUGUUAUAAAAAAAAGUAGGAUACGAUUCAUUCGCUUAUUUUUUAACCGUAAAAAAUUUACUCAACAGAUUAAUAAAAAUUAUAGAGCGAAUUUAAAAAAAAGUGGACUACUUAUUAAUGAAUAUAAUUUUUUUUAUAAUUAGUAUGUAAUUAUAAAUAAAUUUAUUUAAAGCAA